AUGUCUGCCCAGAACUCGGCGGGCAUCCAAACCCUGCUGGACGCAGAGAAGGAGGCUCAGAAGAUUGUCCAGAAAGAUCGAACAAAGAGGGUAAAGGACGCCAAAUCGGAAGCUCAGAAGGAGAUCGAGGAAUACAGGAAGAAGAAGGAGGAAGAGUUCAAGAAGUUUGAGGCUGAGCAAUCAAGCGGGAACAAGAAGGCCGAAGACGAUGCCAGCAAGGACGCAGAGGCCAAAGUGAAGGAGAUCGACCAGGCGGGCAAGAAGGCAGGCGCCAAAGUCAUCGAAGACCUAAUCAAAACGGUCAUGUCUCCUCAUCCUGAAGUGCCGGAUAAGAUCUCGAGGGAAGACUAA